CUGGUAAAUCAUCUCGUACACAUCUACCUCACGACCACGUAACUACCUACUCUACCCCUGAACAUUCACUCAAAAUGCAGCUUAUUCAUGCAACCCUUUUUCUCUGGCUCAAUCUCCUCCGCUUUACUGUAGCAUCCGGUACCUGUACUAGCUCCGGCUCCCUCUCAUGGCCUCCAGUCGGAGACUGUUCCAUCACCCCUAAGUAUGACACCACUAUCCAAAAUUGCAGAGCUUGCAGCAUGAACGACGCCGAUGCCUUCCAAGCAUGCUUGAAAGCGAGUGGGCUUCGCAAACGCGACACCACCAGCGAGCAUUUCUUCGGCGCUAUCCUGAGGAAGAAAGAGUUGAAAAGCCGUGUGGUUGCGCUGAGCUGUGAAGUUCAUGAAGGUUGCUACAAGUUCACAGAUGGGAGCUUGUUGUGUUUGAAUUUAGGGACGGGCUUAUAUCACGAUGACGUUGGAGGUAAUGGCGAUUACUACUCUGGCGAAUACACUGGCCCAGAUGGCAAAGUACAGACAGGAACAUCGACCGCUACGGCCACGAGUGGCAGCAAGUCAUCUUCGACCGCGUCUCAGAUGACUGGGUCGACAGCGACAGCGACAGCUCGGAUCACUUCAGCAGGAACUGCUAGCGCAUCUGCAAGUUCUGCUGCAGCUUCUAUGAUAUCGUCAGCUGGAAGUGACGUUUUUUACCUUGGUACAUAUGUUGGAAUCGUAGGCCUCAUAGCAGCUGGUCUCUGAUGAAUAGAG